AUGGGUUACUUUUUGGAGGUGUUCAUUUUACUUCUGGCUUUAAAAUUAUGCUUUUGCGACGACAUAUUGUGUGAUCGGCGCCCACUUAGUACGACAACAGACCCGCUGCCGCCGGAUAGUAGGUUCAAAAUCGAGAUUCUCGGUGUCAGCGACAAAUAUAUACCUACGAGGCAGUAUACAAUCAGGCUUUCUACAACUGACAACUCGUCUACGUUCAUCGCGUUUACGAUAUGGGCUCGAGGGGAUAUCAAGCCGCACGACAAGAACCCGAUGAAGACUGCUUACUUCGACGCGGGUUUGAUCUACCCGACUCCCAAUUCAGAUGCAAUGCCGAACAAGAAAUGCAGUAACUCUGUUAUACAGAUUGAUUUAACGCCUAAGACAUCUGUCGAGGCAUAUUGGAAGGCACCAAAGAAAGAAAACAAAUGUGUGACGAUUAACGCAGUGGUCGCAGUUAAACGAGAUGUAUGGUAUAGACAGGACGGUCCGCUAUCAAAACGUGUGUGUGAAGACCAAAGGAAUAUUCUAGAUAUGCUGCCAACUAAGAACGAUCACUGCAACGCUACAGAAGACGCCCGAUAUUUGCUUACAUUCGAGGGCAUGUGGUCAUACAACACACAUUCCCAGCUGUUUCCUGAAUCAGGGGACUUGGCCCGAUUCAGCGACGUCGUUGGAGCGUCACACAACGGCAAAUACAACGUAUUCAAAUACAACUCCGACGCUAGCGAGGGUCUGAAGAGAUUGGCUGAACAGGGAAACACUACGCAAUUAGAGAUUGAAAUUAUGAAGCAACUUGGUCGCAACGUCCGAACUGUAAUAAAAGCAGUCGCGCCGCCAAAGACUAUCAUGCAGACCAAGUCAAUCUUCCGAGUAACCCGCGAACACCACUUGGUGUCGCUGGUCACUGCUCUCAUACCUUCUCCCGAUUGGUUCCUCGGCGUCUCGAAUAUGGAGCUGUGCGACGUCAUGAGCAAUACUUGGGCUAAUAGCUUAAUCCUGAACCUUUAUCCGAUGGACGCUGGCACCGACAGCGGGAAGAAAUUCGAUUCAUCAAACGAAGAAACAAUGCCGCCGCAGCCGAUAGCCACGGCAGUGAUCAACCCGAAUGUGCCAAAAGAGGAAGUACGGCCUUUCGCUCGAUUGCAGUUCGAUCUUAUAAGGACUUACCACCGCACUCCCAAUACAGAGUCUAGCACUGAGGUCGUUGAUAAUGAGGUUACAGAUGCAAACACUGAAAGAGAAACUACGACUUCACCAUCCACUACGCAAUCCGACGUUGACAUAGAAAUCUCUUCUGAGGACACGGAUCCUAAUUGUCCCAUGUCAGCUUGGGACGACUGGUUGCCAUGUGAAGGAGACUGCGUAGACAAUCAGGUUGAGGGUUACCAGAUUAGAUUCCGUCAUCAUAUCGUUAACGGCCAGCCUGUGGAAAUAUAUGGAGCAGCGAGCAAGCGAAUUCCACAGGAAUGCUUAGAUAAGUAUUCUGUAAAUGAACUUCGUGCCUGUACGGACAGUUGCGAAGAAGAGGAAGUUGAAGCUCAGCAAAGAAUUUGGUAA